GACUUUGCUCAUUUUAUUUGCCCGUUUUAGUGAAGAACCACCAUAUUUGUCGAUGGGUAGUUGAUUAUCAACGACAAUGUGCGUGACCGUCAUUUUGAAUGUGGUUUUUGUGCUUGGAAUUUGCUCGUUUAUAAGUAAUCCAGUGCUGCUAUCGCGUUGCUACAUCUGACAGUUCGGGCUCAUCACAACAUCAGUGGGGCGUCACAGACAACGCUCGACACUGUUUUUACUCCAGAAUCGCUCGCGCCUUGGUCGCACAUCGGAUCCAAUUUUUGCAGGUUGGCAACAUGAAAUGUUGAUUUGGUGAAAAUGAACAAACCCAAAAUGGCCACUGAGAAAGGUGUACCCAGUAACUCCAGGGUCCUGAUGCUUCUGGGCCAACUGGAGCGGAUAAAUGGAGAUGCUGUUGGGAGAGACAUUGAAACGGCACGUCAGGUCACGGCAAAAAUUCUUCAUCUCAUGCAAACUCAGGAAAAAAGUGGAAAGGAGGUGAUGUCCAAAGGUUCCAGUGGCAUGGAAGUCAUCCUGUCGUCACUGGAGAAUUCUUGUGAUCUCCAGACGACCCUCAAUAUCCUCAACAUUCUCAGUGAGCUACUGACUGUCGGUCGAGGUCGAAGAAUGGGGGUGUUUGUAUCGAAAGGCGGGACCGGGAUUUUACUGCAGAUAUUACUCAGCGCCAGCCGAGAAUCGCCAACCAGUGAAGAACUCAUGGUGCAGCUUCACUCUCUGCUCGCUAAGGUCGGCGUCAAGGAUAAAAAGUUGGGCGUAAAGGCACGUUUGAGUGGAGCAAUGAAUGUCACGGUCAACCUAGUGAAACUGAACCUCCAAAAUGUCAAGCUGCUUCUGCCCUGCCUGCAGGUUCUCAGGGUUUACUCCACCAAUUCGGUGAAUGCGAUGUCGAUGGGCAAGAGUGGUGUCAUGGAGCUCAUGUUUAAGAUCAUCGCUCCGUACUGCAAGAGGAACACAAGCAUUCUGAAGGUAGCUCUGGAUGCACUGGGAGCGCUGCUCAAAUCCAAAACAAAUGCUCAUCGCUCAGUGGAUGCGGGACAAGUUCCUGUCUUGCUGGCUAUUUAUCUGGACUGGCAUCGCAAUGACACCCGCCAUCGCCACGUGCAGAUCCGCAAAGGGCUCCUGGUCUGUCUCAAGAACGUCACCAACAUCAAGCUGGGAAGGAAAGCUUUCAUUGAAGCUGACGGAAUGAAAGUCUUGUAUAACACGUCUACUGAAUGUCUCCCCGUACGGACCCUGGAUCCUCUGGUGAACACUUCAAGUCUCAUCAUGAGGAAGUGUUUUCCUAAGAACCGUCUGCCUCUUCCUACCAUCAAGUCGGUUUUUAAUUUCCACCUGCCACACAUCCCUGCCGCCGGGCCUGUGGCGCUGUUGUACAGCCAGCCUCCAGGGGUUGAUGAUGUUGUUGAUGACAGCGACGAUAAUGAAGACUUGGAAGCUGAAAAUGAAGAUACUGAGAAUGAAGAGGAUGAUAAAGACAACAACUCUGCGAAUGAAGAUAUAGAGACUGAUCUGAACAAACUGCACUCAAAAACUGGCCCAGCUCGUCCUUUUGAGGAGUUAAGAGUCUAUGAGAGGUUUUUCAUGGAACUUUCUGAAGACUUCCAGGGUUACAACUUUGAAAGCUCAAGCUCGUCGCCAACAUCAUCAGCCUCUGGCCGAUCUUCUUGGCCAAUCAUUGUGCCAACUGCUCAAUCCCUUUCCCCUAAUCACGUCCCCCUGCCGAGGUCCCAGGAGAACUGCAACUCUUCCAAAACAAGAAAUUCUCCUGCUGUUUCUCCUGCAACUACACUGGUUCCCACUGGCGGUGUGGCACCACCUUUAGACAUAGACAGUAUCCACCUCAUACAGGACCAAGACCAGAAAGGCCAGCUGCCUGACAUGGACUCUUCCCUGUCGACUCUGAAGACUUUUUCUCAGGGGGAGAUGACGGAGCAGGACAUUUCUCGAGUGUUGGAGUCUGUCUCCCUUGAUUGUGAAAAGUCUUUUAGCUCAGAAGAACUGAAACUUGAGGGGUCUGUGGUCAAUGCUACACGACACAUACUUUCUCCCUUGCUUGUUGGUGGCAUUGCUGCCUGUCGUCUAGUUGGUGCAGACCGGAGCAACAGGGGGUCGGAGUGUAGCUCGGAUGGACCUGAAGAUGAGGGAGGGGAUAUUUUGGAGGUACCAGACACGGCGCAGAUGCUUCCGCUGCAUGACCCGGAGCUUUACGUGGAGAAGGUGAAGGGGACCUUUUCGGUGCCCCGGUACGCUGAAGUGGCUUACCCAGACUACUUUGGACAUGUUGCACCCACUUUUAGGGAACCACUUCUUGAGAGAGUUUAUGGUGUUCAGAGGUCAAAGAUAUUCCAGGACAUCGAGAGGUUAAUUCACCCGAACGACAUCGUGGAUAAAGUAGUUUACGACCUGGAUAAUCCUCGCUUCCCAGUUGUUGAGGAUGAUGGGGAAUCGCUGAAGUUCAACUCACAGUUUGAGUCUGGUAACCUCAGGAAGGCAAUCCAAGUCAGAAAGUACGAGUAUGACCUGGUUCUGAAUUCAGACAUCAACAGUAACCACUACCACCAGUGGUUCUACUUUGAGGUGAGCGGCAUGCGUGUUGGAACGAGCUACCGCUUCAACAUCAUCAACUGUGAGAAGUCCAACAGUCAGUUCAACUACGGUAUGCAGGUGCUGAUGUACUCGGUUCAGGAGGCCAUCAGUGGCCGCCCCUGCUGGGUCAGAACUGGGAGCGACAUCUGUUACUACAAAAACCACUUUGCCAGGAGUUCGAUUGCAGCUGGAGGUCAGAAGGGGAAGUCCUAUUAUACAAUGACCUUCAGCACGAGUUUCACCAACAAGGAUGAUGUCUGCUACUUCGCGUAUCACUAUCCUUACACAUAUUCUUCUCUCAAGAUGCACCUGGCCAAGCUUGAGUCCAUGAGGACCCCACAGAUCUACUUGAGACAGGACGUUCUUUGCGAGACCCUCGGAGGAAACGCCUGCCCUCUUCUCACCAUCACUGCCAUGCCUGAGUCAAACUCGAGCGAUCACAUCUGUCAGUUCAGAAACCGUCCCCUGAUCUUCCUCUCAGCCCGAGUUCACCCUGGUGAGACCAACGCCAGCUGGGUCAUGAAGGGAACGCUGGAGUUCCUGAUGGGCACCAGCUCCAUGGCAGCGAGUCUUAGAGAAGCUUACAUCUUCAAGAUCGUGCCCAUGCUCAACCCUGAUGGAGUGGUGAACGGAAGUCAUCGUUGCUCGCUGAGUGGAGAGGAUCUGAAUCGCCAGUGGCAGAACCCCAACCCCGAACUUCACCCCACCAUCUACCACACCAAGAGCCUCCUGCAGUACUUGGCACACACACAGAGGGCGCCACUGGUGUACUGUGAUUACCACGGACAUUCCAGAAAGAAGAACGUUUUCAUGUACGGCUGCAGCGUGAAGGAGACCGUCUGGCAGUCCAACAUUAAUGCCACGUCCUGUGACCUGCAGGAGGACCUGGGAUACCGGACACUUCCGAAGAUCCUCUCGCAGAUCGCUCCUGCCUUCAGCAUGGGCAGCUGCAGUUUCGUGGUGGAGCGCUCCAAAGAGUCAACUGCGCGUGUGGUUGUGUGGAGGGAGAUUGGAGUCCAGCGCAGCUACACCAUGGAGAGCACCCUGUGUGGGUGUGACCAGGGAAAAUACAAGGGACUCCAGAUUGGCACCCGAGAGCUGGAGGAGAUGGGGGCACAGUUCUGUGUGGCCCUCCUGAGGCUCAAGAGGCUGACGGGAAUCCACAACCAUCAACAUUUGCUGGAUUUGGAAAGUGAUAUGAUUGGAACGCAGACCAAAGUGGCCAGCUGCCCCACCACCUACGUGAUGGAGGAGGACGAGCCAUCCUUUCUUGAAGCGAUAGACUACAGCGCAGAGAGCAACGACGAGGAUGCAGAGCCGGAGAAUGAACACCCAGGCGAAACCCCCUUUGAGCAACUGUCCGACUCUGAAGCUAACCACUCGUAGGUGACAGGAGACAGCAGACGUCUGAGGAAUACACUCACUCACCAUCACUGGUCACUGUCUCGGCGGCCGCCGCUCACCACCUCAUCAAGAUGCAAAUCUCCUUCCUGCAUUCUACCAUCUGUAAUUUAAGGCGAUAGAUUGGAGUGUCUCAUCCGGAGGGUAACCUCUAUAUUGGUUUGUAUAGUUGUUGCCGCUUGAAACCUCCAGCGCAUCACAUCUGAAUAGCUUUCCCCUUGUGUAGUUCAUACAUGUAUCCCUGAAGCUAUGGCAAAAGAGUCUCCAAAUGUUGCUCGAUGGUGAAACCCUGGUGCGUUCACUGACCCCGUAAUUUAUGCUUCUGUUUCUUUUCAUCCGUAAGAAUUUUUUAAAUUUUUUUUUUUAUUCACUUUUGUAAACAAUGGUGUUGUUUUAGAUUUUAUUGCUGCAGUAUUCUUAGUUGGUGAACACAGCUGUGUUUGUCUUAGGUGCAGAUGAGCGUUACUUGCUUUCAUCUGGUUGUUGUUUGGCAAUGCAAACCAAAUAUUACCAAGUGGUAGCAGAAGUGUAUAGAGUCACAAUCCAACGAUGGGCCGUUCAAAUUUACACUGAUAAAAAAAAUAUAUAUAUAUAUAUAUAUAUCAUCAGCUUUAAACUGGCAUGUGUUGGAAGACUUGUUCUUCCACCGAGGGAGAGUUCAACCAAAAAUCCCUGACGUCAAUGCUGCCGCGAUACGACCGAUGCCUUCCUGGUUUAUCCCUGCCUUACUGCGGAGUGAGUAGAAGCCCAGAUGACAGGACCCUGGGAGGGUUGUGCUUCAGCCGCCGUGUUAAGUAGUAGUGAUCUUCUGAUUUGCUCCAACGGUUUCUGAUCAUCCGAUCGACUCGCUAGGUCACCGCGGUGCUUCUGUUAGUGUCAAGGUAUUGAUCAUGAUGACAGUAACAUGAUCCGGAUUGAUUAUCUGUGCUCAAGACGCUCUGCGCUGAGGCGGAGCUAACGCUCCUGUAUCUUGGCUUUUCUGUGCCGUUCUGACCUAUAAGUCACUGUGGCACCUUCAUCUUCACAUCCGAGCAGGACGCUGCCAUCUUGCAAUCCUUUACUGUCGACCUUGAAAGCCUCGCAUACCUGAGGUGGUGUAUUCACUAGCACCCUCUAUGGGUACCGUUUUAACCCCCCCCAUAGCCAUCCAUCUUUAGCCUCGUUCUCUGCCUGCACUUUAACUUGUUGCCGUCAUCCUACGUCGUCUACGCUGCUCUCACACUAUACACAGACAGACACAUGUACUUUAGCUCUUCCACAGUAGUUUGUCACAACGGUGCACACGUCACGUGCCUCCUGCCUUGCUUCACCAAAAACACUUCACGAUCAAAAAGAAUGUUCACAUCUGAAUGAAAGUCGGACCUCGGAGCGAACAGGAAACGAAGGUGAAAAGUCGUCACAUUUAGCAGUGGUUUGUGGAAUGUAUGGUGUAUUUAACCGUCUUAAUGGUGAUGUUUAAUUCAAGGUCAGCAGAAGAGUCGUCAACUAUGAGGUGCUGAUAUUCUUGAUAACGUUUGCACUUUAGUUCAACUGACUGACAAAAGGUGUUCAACUCAGACCUGAUAUUUUAGAACUGGAACAUGUCUUUGCUGUAGUCGUCGCCCUCCUGUGUACUUUUUGCGCAUUUGUCCUUUGGCGUUUAGUUCAAUUGACGUUUUUGGCACAUCAAUCGCAUGCUUUGUUUUUACUUUAUUUAUUGAGCUUUUUUACUUUGUUGCCCUCGGAUGUCUGAGGCGUUAUUCCAUCGUCCAGCUCCGCUGCUGCUUUGUUCCCUCUUCCGUUGGAUGAAGCUGCUCACUCUUGGUUUCUCCUCCCAAACCAUUUCCCGCUUGAACCCCCGGCCAUUCCUCUUUCUCUUUUUAAUCUUUCUGUUACGAGUUCAUGUUGAUGUGUGCCAGUCUUAGCUAGAAUCCUAUUUGUGAGUUUUAUAAAGUUUGGCGGUUAAUGGCACUUUAGUGAAACUUUUAAUUUCUACCUGGAGGCGGAGCGAGCGAGUGCUCGUCAUAUUUAACUUGACUGUUACAGAGUUGAAGCAUCGUGAAUAAAAU